GGUUGUGAUUUGUGUGCACUGAGUGGCGUGUCUAGUGCUUUGUUUUGUUGCUUACUUUUUCGGUAUGGAAUAAUUUUUUUUUUGUUUGACUUAUUAAUAAAUAAGUUUUUUGCGACAUUUAAACUUUCAUUUUUAUAUUAAAAAUAUCAUAUCAUCAAAUUUGUGAAUGUGAAAUCAAUUUAUUAAUAAUAAUAUUCAAAGUUUUCUUGGUUUCAUUCAUGUCAUUUGUACAGUGCUCAGCGAUAUUGUAGUGAACAUAUAUAUAUACAGCAUACCAUCAUAAAGGACGACACCGCGACACGGGAGACCCAACCACAUAACGAUUCUAUUGAUGAAUUAACUACCACGCCCUCUACAAGAAAAAUUACACCCCAAAACACAAUUAUUGGAAUGCAGGACAUGUCGUUUACAUUCCGAGACCAAGUGUCCGAGUAAUCGAUGUUGACAUGUGACAACGUCCAUUGAACGAGUUCUCUCAUCUAAGCUCCAACUGCUUCGAAUACAGAUAUUGAGCAGCUAACAAAUAACAGACUUGUCUAAUUUAUUGUUGGCUGCUCUUUUAUAUUAAUUAGUUUUACCUUAUUUUUGAUAAUAUGUAAGAAUAAGCUUUAAUAAUGCAUAAGUGUGUAGUGUGCAGAAAUUCUUCUUUGAGGACCAGGUACACUCGUCCUGAAGUUAUUUAUCAUACAUUUCCUAAGAAUGAAUACAGAAAAAGAAAAUGGCUUAAAAUGUAUGGCAUUGGUCGUUGUUACGAUUGGCAUCGUAUAUGUAGUGAUCAUUUUUUAGAAGAAAACUAUAGACCAGGACCAAAGCGAUUUUUAAACAAAAAUACUAUUCCCCAACCCUAUAACAAAAAUAAUGAAGAAAAUGGUUUUCCUUCUAACUAUACUAGUACUACGCAAAGUAAUGAUGUUGAAAUGGACAAUAAUGAAUUUUUACCAACAGAACAAAAUCAUUUAAGUUAUACCACUCAAAGUAAUGAUGUUGAAACUAGUACUAAUGAACUUUUACCGAGGGAACAAAGUUGUUUAAAUUAUACCACUCAAAGUAAUGAUGUUGAAACGAGUACUAAUGAAUUUUUACCAAGUGAACAAAGUUGUUUAAGUUAUACAACUCAAAGUAAUGAUGUUGAAACGAGUUCUAAUGAAUUUUUACCAAGUGAACAAAGUUGUUUAAGUUAUACAACUCAAAGUAUUGAUGUUGAAACGAGUACUAAUGAACUUUUACCGAGGGAACAAAGUUGUUUAAGUUAUACAACUCAAAGUAUUGAUGUUGAAACGAGCACUAAUGAAUUUUUACCAAGUGAACAAAGUUGUUUAAGUUAUACAACUCAAAGUAUUGAUGUUGAAACGAGUACUAAUGAACUUUUACCGAGGGAACAAAAUUGUUUAAGUUAUACCACUCAAAGUAAUGAUGUUGAAACUAGUACUAAUGAAUUUUUACCGAGGGAACAAAGUUGUUUAAGAGAGGUACAAAAUGCUGUUAUAAACAAUUUUGAAUCACCAAGACGUUCAUGUAGAAAAAUCAAACUUACGACGACUAAUGAAGAUAUGAGCUAUGAAAACAUGCCGAGGCUCCAAACUGAACGAUUUGAGAGGCAUGUUCCUACGUUCAUUGCCAAUGAGAAAAUUCAAACAGUCAGUGACAUGGUUGUAGUACCAGUGUUAACAACUACUAAGGAUCAUACUUUGGGAAAUGGACCUCGCUGUUCUGUUAAAAAUUGUCUCAACCGCUAUUCGAAAGAUCUUAGUUUCUUUGGCUACCCAAGUAAUUUAACACUCCGGAAAAAGUGGAUUGAAAGAUGCGGAUUAAAAGUUGAUGAUCCAACUGAAAAAGUAAAAAGUAAUAUAAGAGUAUGUCGUGUUCAUUUUGACAAUGAUUGCUUCAUGAAUACUCAAAGAAAAAAUAGAUUAAAAACUGACGCUGUUCCUACAUUAUUUUUGGCCAAUGAUGUAAUAGACGCAAGAAAUAUUCCAUCAACAAGUUUGGCUGUCAAUAGCGAGUUUAUUCGUGUAAAUAAACCAUCGCCUAUUGAAAGUGAGAUUUAUCGUUUCAAUAAACGAUCACCUGUCAGUAAUGGGUUUAUUCGUGCAAAUAAACCAUCUUGUUCGUCUACAAAUUAUGUUGCACAUAUGAAUUCUAACGAAACUCCGUUAUUUGUUUAUAUUGACUCAACUACUCGUUCUGCUAAGGAUUUUAAUAGUCACUGUUCUAUACCCGGAUGCAUAACUAAUACUAUUGAAGAAGUUGAAGAUAUUUCCCUUUUCGCACCACGAAUAGAAAUUGUAAAUGAGUGGAGUUCAAUUUUAGGUUUUGAUUUAACUAUAAAUAGUAUUGUGUGUGAAAGGCAUUUCAGACCCCAGGACAUACUUCGUCCCAACUUAUUGGUAAAUGGUGUAAAUUCACAAUUAAAGAUAUUAGCACCUCAUGCUUUGCCAGUACCAGUAAUGAAUGCUGUGCCUGAAUCAAGAACUUAUUGUUCUAUACCUGGAUGCGCAACUAAUACUUUUGAAGAGGUUGAAGAUAUUUCCUUUUUCACACCACAAAAUGAGGAUGCUAUAAAUGAAUGGAAAUUAAGUGUAGGUUUCGAUUUUACUAUAAACAGUACUGUGUGUGAAAAGCAUUUCAGAUCUGAGGACAUAGUUCAUCCCAAUUUAUUGUCAAAUGGUUUAAAUUCAAAAGGAAAGUCAUUAGCACCUUUUGCUGUGCCAGUUACAAUAGCGACAAUGGUAGACAAACCAUUGAAAACAUAUUGUUCUGUACCUGAAUGCAUAACUAAUACUAUUGUAGAGGAUGAAGAUAUUUCUCUUUUCGCACCACGAAUAGAAAUGGUAGAUAAGUGGAGUUCAAUUUUAGGUUUGGAACUGACUGUAGACAGUGUUGUGUGUGAAAGGCAUUUUAGACCCCACGACAUGCUUCAACCCCUAGUAAUGAUCGAUGGUGUUUGUCAAAAUGUCAAAUCAUUAGUGCCUUUUUCUUUGCCAUUGCCAAUGAAUGCUACACCAUUUAUAAAACAAUUAGAAACUAAUGAUGUGCCUGUAUUGAGGACAUAUGAUGUUAAAUUCAAAAGACCUAAACCUGAUGAACUGUUGUGUACAAAAAGAAUCAAAAACCAUGUACUAGAUAAAUCAUUAUCCACUACCGAUAAUGACACACAUGAAUACAAUACAACUCCUGAUUUAGAUCCAACAUUAAAAUCAAAUACUGAAAACUCAGUUGAUUUGUCAAUUGUGAAAAUUGAGCCACUUGAUGAUGUGGAUUUAGAAACAAAUUUGGAAACAGAACCAGAACAGCUACUACCAACUUUAGGAACAGAACUAGUUGAAGAUGAUGAUUUACUUCCAUUAUCUUCAAUUGAUGAUUCUUUAUCAAUAUCAUUAAAAACACUAAAAACCAUUUCAGCUAAUAGUUCGUUGUCCAUUACCUUGGAACCAAAAGAGAAUUCUAAAAUAACAGAACCACCAGCAGAUUUAUUUUCAAAAGUGUCUCCUAAAAAUGCUUUAUCUAUUACUUUACGACCAAAACAUAACCUCUCCUUGACCACAAAUAAUAGUUCUCCAUCUGUUAGCAUAAUACCUUGUCUUCCAUCCACUGCGAGUAGUUCUGAGUAUAAUGUAUCACAACAAAGUUUGUUGCAGUAUAAACAAAAUGCGACCUCAACCUUAAAAAUGCCAGAUAAAUUGUCUUCUAAUACUGUUGAAAUAAAGAUGCCAGUAAUUUCAGAAUGUGUUUCAUUAGCCGUACAAUCAGAUACCGAUGAUUCUGAUUCAUGUAUAGUAAUUGAUGAUGAUGACGAUACUGAAGAAUUUAUAGAGAAAGAUAACGGAUUCAUUUAUGAAAUUUCUAAAUGUGUUGAACUUCCUACUGUAUUUUGGAAGAGUGAACAUGAUAGAUCACGAAAUUCAACUGAUUUUUAUCAAGAAGACGAUUUGUAUGAAACUGUAAAAAACAUUAGUUUUAAUAAUAGCCUUAUGCCAACAAUACAAACAUUUGGAAAGAAAUUCAAAUUUAAUAGGGCUAUUAAAUCAAAGAAUGAAUUACAAAAUCUUUUAGACAGAAUAGAUAAUGUAGAAAAAUGUAAUGGUUUUGAUUUAGUUAUCGAUGACAAUUGUAUAGGUUAUUAUGACAAAAUAACAGAAGAUGUUAUUUCGUGUUCUACCUGUCAAAAGAAAUUUCAAGAAUUGCGCAAAAUGACUGAAUCUCAAACUAAAACUACUGAAAUUCUUGAACAAAAAAUCUCUGAACGGACAGCAAAAGUGUUAGUACUUAGAGAAAAUAUGGAAAAUAAUAAAAUAAAUCCUACCCCUACAGAAUUACGACCAUUCAGCCUUAUAAAUUCUAUGAGUGUAUGUCAUCGUUAAUUGUAUAUAUUAAUAUUGUAUUUACUAUUUAUCUAUUUUUAAUUUUAUUUAUUAGACAUUUUUACUUUGAUUAAAAACUAUAAUUGUAAACCA